ACGACUUAAAAAAUAUUAUUCAGACCAACAACUUGCAAGCAAAAAAGCAGCAGCCCACCACCUAAAGUUCUGCUGCAUUAUUCACAUCCUAAAAUUAUUAAUCUGAUAAAAUUUGCUCCUCCCUCCCUCUUUGAUAUUUUCACAAAUCAGAACCUUUUUUUUUUUUUCUGUUUCUUUGAUCCCAACUCCCCAAGUGUUCAUCAAGCAAAAGAAAACAUGGGAAUCACCAAGAUCAGCCAGAAGUUCGUGACUCAGGUGACGCCACAGAGGAUGUUCAACGCCUUGAUCUUGGACUCCCACAACCUCUGCCCCAAGCUCAUGUUCUCAUCAAUUAAAAGUAUUGAAUUCCUUAGCGGUUCAGGAGAAGUUGGAACCAUCAAACAGAUCAACUUCACUGAAGCUAGUCCUAUGAAAUAUGUUAAGCACAGGAUUGAUGCUUUGGACAAGGAGGCCCUCAGCUGCAGCUACACAUUCAUCGAAAGCGACGCGUCGGAUCACUUGAUGGACAAGCUUGAAUACAUAACUUAUGAUGUCAAGUUUGAGGGGUAUGGAAGAGGAGGAUGCAUCUGUCAUUUGACCAGCACAUACAAAGCCAAAGACGAUAUUCAGAUCAAAGAAGAAGACAUUGAGCUUGGCAAGGAUAGAGCUAUUGGGAUGUAUGAAGUGUUGGAAGCCUACCUCAUGGCACACCCUCGCGCCUACAUCUGAAAAUUUUCAAGAAAGUUUUUAUCAAUUUUUGGGAAUUCUGCUGUGGACAAUAUAUCAAAAAUAUGGUUCAUGUUGUUUUUCUUUUUUCCCCGAAGUGCUUUUCCAGUUCUUCUUUCCUAGACUUUCUUGUUGUUGUACAAGAUUGUGAUUAAGAUAAAUAUUUAAUUUUGAUUCUAAAUCAGGGGCUGGGCUGUGUACAA